AUGUCACAAGACGAUUUUGAGACUCCAGCUGUCAACACGUAUGUUGAUGCUUUAGAAGAGCCAAUUGCGGGACCGAAUGAUGAACAAGUUUUAGGCGAAGAUGGGGUUGCCAAUACAAACAAAGCGCCCGCAGGUGAAGCACAAAGCGACACUGGGGCACCCGACUCGUCAGAAAAGCCUACGGAGGGGAUAUUUCGCGGACUUAAAUUUUACGUUGCGCACAACGAAAAUCGUGAAGAACUUCUGAGUUUGAUACGCGAAAAUGGCGGUGAAGUCUUGUCCGCGUUGCCCUCCGGUGGCAGCGCCCACGAAUUUGUCGUAUCGCCUUACAACACGACCAAUCUGGCUACAGUGACACCCGCGUACAUCAAGAGCUGUUGUACCAACAAUGUGCUCAUGAAAUUGCAAAACUAUCUAGUGCCUUUCGAUGAAUUCCGCGCCGUCAUCGACACACAGUUGCAAAACGACAACGGGGAUAAAACCGAAGAUACCGUUGCGGCGGACCCCGCCAAGGAUAUGGCUAUCGAUGUCAAUAUCCCUGAAGUGGCCAGCAAUGCAGUCCCCACUGGUGGCUCGCAAGCGGAUCCCGCCAACGCGACUUCUGGAACUCCGGGAACCACAGGUGUUGCGCCGACUACCGCGCCAGUGGCCGACACUGAAAAAACCUUGAAGCAGGAGCCUCAUGGGGAAACUAAGUCGGAACCUUCCGCCACGGAAAGCACACAUGUGGUUUCCGAAGUCCACCCACCUGUUACCGUCGCUGCCGACUCCAACGCGCCUGCGGAUCCAGCCUAUGAAAAUGCUCGCCCUACGGUCCCCAAGAGCAGAUUACCCAGUCACAAUAAAUCCUCGUUUACGGAAGAAGAGGAUGAGUUCAUCUUGGAUGUUGUCAGGAAGAACCCCACCAGGCGCACGACCCACACUUUAUUUGACGAGAUCUCCCAUUAUGUUCCCGAUCACACGGGCAACUCUAUAAGGCACAGAUAUCGGGUCUAUUUGGCCAAGCGACUGAAAUAUGUUUACGAAGUCGAUGCCAGCGGCAAGCUUGUGCGUGACGAAAACGGGAAUUUGAUUAAGACGAACGUGCUUCCAAAAUCCUUGAAAAACAAGUUUACCGCAGAGGAGGACUAUUCCUUGGCAACAGAUGUGAAAAAACAAUUCUACAGGGACUUGUAUCAACUAGAUCCUGAUACGGGCAAGUCGUUGAUUACCGAUGACGACGCCCCCAAUGAAGCGGCAAGAAGAGCUCUCAUGAUGGACCCCAACAACAUACCGGGAUCUGAACCCUCAUUCCAACAGUACCGGGUGGGAGAAAGACGGGGUCCUGUGCCAAGAGAAUUUUUCAAAACGUAUGCGGAAAAGAAUCCCAAUCACACUGAAAACGCUUGGCGAGACAGAUUCAGAAAGUUUCUUUUAAGCUAUGGUAUCGAUAAUUACGUUGCCUAUUAUGAGCGAGAAAUGGAUCAAGGUCGGUCACCUGAAGCCAUGAAAAACAUGACUAACAGACCUAAGAGACCAGGUGUCCCCACGCCUGGGAAUUACAAUAGCUAUGCUAAGAGGGCCAGAAGUCUUUCACAUCAACAACAGCAACAAGCCGCCGCAGCGGCCGCCGCUGUGGCAGUACAAGGUAAUGAUCCUAACACGGGCGUGCAAUACUCUAUCCCAGAAGGCGAUUUACUAGAUGAAGAAACGCUAAAUUUCAUAUCUGGCUUAAGGCGUGAUCUAUCUCGCAUUGAGUCCAACAACAACAUGGCGUUCGAGUAUCCACAAGAUAUUGCAGAGUCUAUUCGUAACGAUUUCACCAACGAAGAAAGUCAAUUCGACAAUUUCGAUCCUGACGACAUUCCAUUCCCACCUCAACUGGCUAGCACAGAAUUAUUCAUGCCACAUUUUUUCCAGUUUAACAGCACAAGACAAUUCUUGGACAAGGUUAAUGAGGUGAUAUCGCGUGAUUACGAACCAUCGCAAGCAGAAAAAUUGGUCCAGGACCUAUGUGAUGAGGCCGGAGUACGGAAGACGUUUAGCACCGGUAUACUGACUGCACUUUCUGGAGAUCUCAUGGUCUUCCCACGUUACUUUCUUUGCAUGUUCAAAUACAAUGCCAACCCGCCUUUGAACAUACCAGGAAUUUGGACAAGAGAAGAUGAUGAAUUGCUAAGGUCUGGUAAUGAGGAGGAUGUGAAGGCUCUGACCAGAAAGCACGGUGUUGGCAGAAUUGAAAUGAGGAAAAGGUUUAUUGCUAGUGAUUUGGUUUGA